ACAGCCCACGAGAUUUUUUUUUCAAUCCACUGGGGAAUAUUCGAUCAUUCCCGGUCCCUAGAGGGGAAAUGAUUUAAUUUUAGAUUUUUGGUUGCAUUGGAAUGGAGGGAAAGAGACAGUUAUUAUUAUCUUUGUCUAAAUUAUUAAAUGCGUCCAGAGCAGGUAGACUGGAGGAAGUAGCGAGGAGGAGAAGGCACGGGGUGAGUAUUCUACUGGACAAUAUCCUUGACAGCGGGAACGAGAAUGCAAUAAUAAGAACAAUGGAUGGGAUGGGGGUCCAAACACUACACAGGGUCUCCUAUGGGCCCAUUACAAAAGCACAUAAUCCUAAGGAGACCAGAACUGACAGUGGGGCAAGAAAGUGGAUCAGUAUACAUAAAUGGAGAGACAUUAACAAUUGUAUUGAUCAUUUGAAAACUACUGGAACAAUGAUAGUGUCCAGUUACUGCAGACCUGAAGUACACACACCUUUUCUACACGAGCUAGCACUGCCAGAUAAACCAGUAGUAUUCGCAUUUGGUAACGAGACUGAGGGAAUAUCAGAUGAUUUAUUAAAGAGAUCAGACCUGACCUUUAGACUCCCAAUGGUUGGAUUUACAACCAGUUACAAUGUAUCAGUUAGCAUCGGAAUGUGUCUGUAUCAUUUGCAUGUGAUGGAGGCCAAGAGACUGGGAAUGAAGAAUCAAUUAGGAGUGCAAGACAGCUCAACUGAUAAUGAUGAUGCUUUUAUUGAUACUCUAUUGUUCUUUUAUGAAAGAGAACUUGGAACGAAUACAGUGAAAGAAAUUAAAGAAUCCAUUAAUUAUGAUAAUGAAUAUUAACUGUUGUCAUUAUAAACGUUAUCAUUAAUGAUUACUCACGUAUU